UUGUAGCGGGUCCCCGGUGUUGAACGAACCCAGAUAUCAGCACAGGAUGUGUUGACAUCUCCUGUUGAUUCUCCAGCUUUUCUCUCUGAAAUGGAGCUCUCUUUGCAGGGUUCCCCUUCAAACGUAUCCAAACUGUUCCUCAAUGCCAGCGUGCCACAAAACGGCACUGGGAAUUACACCAACGACCAAUUCCCUGAGGUUAACCUCUUUGAAAUCCUGGGUCCAAAACGAUCUCCCUUCUUCCUCCCGGUGACCAGCGUGUACCUUCUCAUCUUCCUCAUUGGCUUGUCUGGAAAUCUGCUCACGUGUGCAGUGAUAGCAAAACACAAGAAGAUGCGUAACCCCACCAACCUCUACCUGUUAAGCCUGGCUGUGUCCGACCUCCUUGUGCUUUUGUUCGGGAUGCCCCUGGAGAUUUACGACCUGUGGCAGAACUACCCGUUCCCCUUCGGCGAGGGCGGCUGCUACUUCAAGACCUUCCUCUUUGAGACCGUCUGCUUUGCCUCAAUCCUCAACGUGACAGCACUGAGCGUGGAGAGGUACAUUGCCGUGGUGCAUCCGCUCAAAACACGAUACUUGUCGACUAAUCAGCAUGCCAAGCAGGUCAUCACCAUCGUGUGGGUGGUGUCGAUGAUCUGUGCCAUCCCCAACACCUCACUACACGGCAUCUUCUACCUGCCAGAGAGAAUGGAGGAGUCGGCCAUAUGCACUGUGCUGAAGCCCCUGUGGAUCUAUAACAUGGUCAUGCAGAUCACCACUGUGUGCUUCUACUUUGUACCCAUGAUGGUGAUUAGCAUGCUCUACCUGGUGAUGGGUCUUCAUUUGGGCCGAGAAACCCGGCAGCCCAACGGGAACUUGGGAAAGAACUGUAGCAGCAACACUCGAAGGCAGAUCAGCGUGGAGAAUGGGCGCAGGAGACAGGUCAUCAAGAUGCUCACGAUCGUGGUGGCUGUGUUUGGAGUCUGCUGGGCGCCCUUCCACAUCGAGCGGCUCCUGUGGAGUUCCAUCAGCCAGUGGACCGACUUGAUGCACAAUAUUUAUCAGUAUGUCCACAUCCUGUCAGGUGUCCUCUUCUACCUCAGCUCUGCGGUAAAUCCUAUCAUCUACAGCCUGCUCUCCACACGGUUCCGGGAGUGUUUCCGAGAACUCGUGUGCUCCCAGGCCGAGGACAACAGCUCUGUGAGAGGCUCGCCGCCCUUCCCUAAAAUCCUACUGGACCCUUCUGUCUCAAGUACCAGAGCUCAGGCUGACGGUAAGGACUCUAAUGCUUUCAUCCCUUUGCUGUCUCCUAAUAUGACACUGAGCACGGACACCUCAAUCCUCACAUGUGCAUGUAAAGACACAGCCUGCAAGACCUCUGCGUUCUAA